UUCCAGUACCUCCUGCUGGUUUCUGCAGACUGGUUUGUGGAUUGUGGAUGUGGAUUCGGACCCGGUUCCGCCUCUUGAAGCUGGUUCGUCCUCAGGUGGAGGCAGACUGCCGGAGGCUCUCAGACGCUCCACAUGGCUCCUGUCCUGUUCUGGUUCUCUGUCUGGUUCUGGGCCGGGAUUCGGGCUCAGUUGGACUCGACGGACGCGCGGACUCAGGAGCGGCUCUUCCUCACCGCCCUGGGGCUUYCCGGGCGGCCUCGGCCCGCGGGAGCCCGCCGGAACCGGCCUCACGUCCCCUCCGAGCUGUGGAGCAUGUUCCGGAGGUCAGAGGGCCUCCAGGCCCGGGAGAGCGAGCCGUGCGCGGUGUCAGAGUACGGAGUCCGCGGGAACAUCGUCCGCUACGUCCAGGACCAAGGCAGCCUGCGGUCUGGGCGGAGCCUCGGCUGUCAGGUUUGUCAGGAGAAGCAGCUCUUCUUCAACAUGUCCGUCCUGCAGCCCGUGGAGCUGCUGUCUCUGGCUCGGCUGGAGAUCAGCUUCCUGUGGGAGCCCCUCAGACCCGCCGAGCUCCUGCAGGGCUCCCGGGCCGUCAGCAUGUCCCUGCACAAAGUGAUCCGGGCCACCYUGAGGGGAGCGGACCCCCGGGCCGGUCGGAGACUCCUGCUGUCUCAGUCGGUCCAGCUGCAGCUGGGGCCCUCCACCAUCACCCUGGACCUGACCUCGGUGGCAGAGAGCUGGCGUACGCCGAGUCUGAACUACGGUCUGGUUCUGGAGCUGCUCCCUGUCAGUGCAGGUCCUGACGAGCUGCUUCCCUUUUACCCCGGGAACCUGCUCCCCUCAGAACCAGCCCCCACGUUUCCUCUGGUCCAGGCCUCGCUCAUCGUGGUGUCCCUGAACCCUCACCAGUGUCGCUCCCGGCAGAGGCGCAGCGCCGUGCGCCUGCCGGUGACGCUCAGCAGCGUGUGCAAGGCUCGCCGCCUCUACGUCGACUUCAAGGACGUGGGCUGGCAGGACUGGAUCAUCGCCCCUCAGGGCUACAUGGCCAACUACUGCCACGGAGAGUGCCCCUUCCCGCUGAGCGAGAGCCUGAACAGCACCAACCACGCCAUCUUGCAGACCCUGGUGCACUCUCUGGACCCUCAGGACACGCCCCAGCCCUGCUGCGUCCCCGUGCGCCUCUCGCCCAUCUCCAUGCUCUACUACGACAACAACGACAACGUGGUGCUGCGGCACUACCAGGACAUGGUGGUGGACGAGUGCGGCUGUCGAUGAGGUCACAGUUUGUAGUUUCAGCCUCCAGACAACCAACACGUUACAUCAUGUUUGCUCGUUUUUAGGUGGUUUAGUAGUUAGUGAGUUAAAUUGGAAUAUUUUUUACUGCAUAAAUAAAAGAUUUGAAUAAAUGUUGAUGUUUAAAAAUAAAAUAUUUUUCAAGCAGUGUUGCAAAGA